AACAAGAAAGAGGAGGGAGGAGGGAGGAGGGGGCUGCUGCAGCGCCGCUGCGAUGGUCAGCAGCAGCCGACGGAGCUGGGGGGCAGCAUUCCGGGACCCGAAGGACGUGUUCCGGCGGAGCGGGGGAGAGGAAGGGGAAGACGAGGAGAACCUCAAGUGGGCGGCGCUGGAGAAGCUGCCCACCUACGACCGCAUGCGGAAGGGCAUCCUCCGGCAGGUGGUGGAGGACGGCCGCGUCGUCUGCGACGAGGUCGACGUCCACCGGCUCGCCCCUCGGGACCGCAAGCUGCUGCUUGACCGCCUCUUCAAGGUGGCCGAGGAGGACAACGAGCGCUUCCUCGAGCGCCUCCGACACCGAAUCGACCGGGUAGGGCUGGAACUUCCAAAGAUCGAGGUCCGGUAUGAGAAUCUAUCGGUCGAGGCAAAUGUUUCUGUGGGAAGCAGAGCACUUCCCACCUUGUGGAACUCCACUCUGAACAUCUUAGAGGGAAUUAUUGGUCUUCUAAAUCUUUCUCCAUCCAAGAAAAGGACCAUGAAAAUUCUGAAUGAUGUCAGCGGGAUACUGAAACCAGCAAGGAUGACAUUGCUUCUUGGACCUCCAGCCUCGGGGAAAACAACACUCUUGCUUGCCCUGGCUGGGAAACUUGAUAAAAAUCUGAGGGAAUUUGGUAAAAUCACAUAUUGUGGCCAUGAGCUUUCAGAAUUUGUUCCCCAACGAACUUGUGCAUACAUUAGUCAGUUGGACAUUCACAAUGGUGAGAUGACAGUACGAGAAACCUUGGAUUUCUCAGGACGCUGUUUGGGCGUGGGAACAAGGUAUGAGAUGUUGUCAGAAUUGUCAAGACGAGAGAGGGAUGCAGGAAUUAAACCAGACCCCGAGAUUGAUGUGUUCAUGAAGGCUACUGCAAUGGAAGGGCAGAAAACCAGUGUAGCAACAGAUUACAUUCUCAAGGCACUUGGAUUGGAUAUCUGUGCAGACAUCCUUGUUGGUGAUGAGAUGAGAAGAGGCAUUUCUGGGGGCCAAAAGAAACGGUUGACAACUGGAGAGAUGUUGGCUGGGCCUGCGAGAGCACUCUUCAUGGAUGAAAUAUCAACUGGACUCGACAGUUCUACCACCUUUCAAAUAGUUAAAUUUAUUAGACAGAUGGUUCAUGUCAUGGAUGGGACGGUGCUGAUUUCUCUUCUUCAACCUGCACCAGAGACAUUUGAACUUUUUGAUGACAUUAUUCUAUUGUCUGAGGGACAAAUACUCUAUCAAGGUCCUCGAGAGAAUGUCCUUGAGUUCUUUGAGUCCGUUGGUUUCAAGUGUCCCAAAAGAAAAGGAAUCACAGACUUUCUUCAAGAGGUAACUUCAAAAAAGGAUCAAGAACAGUACUGGUCUAACAAAAACCAAUACCAUUAUAUUUCGGUCUCCGAGUUUGUGCAGCUUUUCAAGUCCUUUCAUGUUGGGAAACAGCUCUCAGAGGAGCUUAGUGUUCCUUAUGAUAAAUCUAGAGCCCAUCCUGCUGCACUGACCACAGAGAAAUAUGGCAUUUCUAACUGGGAACUUCUCAAGGCAUGUUUAUCAAGGGAGUGGUUGCUAAUGAAGCGCAACUCUUUCAUCUAUGCUUUUAAGACUUUCCAGAUAACUGUACUUUCAUUUAUAGCCAUGACCGUGUUUCUGAGAACAAAAAUGCCCCACGAGACAAUUCCUGAUGGUAACAAGUUCUACGGUGCACUGUUUUACAGUUUGAUAAACGUGAUGUUUAAUGGUAUGGCAGAACUGUCAAUGACUAUUUACAAGCUCCCGGUGUUCUAUAAACAGAGAGAUUUCUUGUUUUACCCUCCUUGGGCUUUUGGCCUGUCAUAUUGGCUCCUCAAGAUUCCCCUUUCUUUACUGGACACUGGAAUAUGGAUUUUUCUUACUUAUUAUGCGAUUGGUUUUGCUCCUGCUACAGGCCGGUUCUUCAGCCAGUUCCUGGUACUUCUCCUAGUACAUCAAGUGGCCCUUGCUCUAUUCCGCUUCAUCGCUGCAACUGGAAGAACAAUGGUUAUAGCUAAUACAUUUGGAACGUUUUCUGUGCUUCUUGUUUUUGUUCUAGGAGGAUUUGUCAUGUCUAAAGAUGACAUCAAACCAUGGUGGAAAUGGGGCUUCUGGAGUUCCCCAUUGAUGUAUGGGCAAAAUGCUAUAGCCAUUAAUGAGUUCCUUGAUCCAAGAUGGGGCGCCCCAAACAAUGAUGCCAACAUAGAUGCAGCAACUGUAGGAACUGCUAUUUUAAAAUCUAGAGGAAUGUUUGUCAAUGGAUAUUGGUAUUGGGUCUCUAUUGGUGCCCUCAUAGGCUUUGUUAUUCUGUUCAAUAUAUUGUUUAUCCUUUCACUAACUUUCUUGAACCCUAUUGCAAGUUCUCAAAGUAUGAUUGUUGAUGAGGAACUGGAAAGUAAGAAAAGAAAGAACUCAUCAGGUGGAGAUCAGAGGUUUGAAUUGAUAGAAAGUGACAGGAGGUCUACUGCACCUGAUAUACCCGAUGUUGAUGCAGCUGCAGCCAGGAGGAACAGCUCUGAGAGUUUUAAUUCUUCAGUGUGUCCAGCUAGGAGGGGAAUGGUUCUGCCUUUCCAGCCUCUCUCUCUUGCUUUCAAUCAUGUGAACUACUAUGUUGACAUGCCUGCUGAAAUGAAGAACCAAGGAAUCCAAGAAGAUCGUCUCCAAUUGCUAUCUGAUGUAAGUGGUGCAUUUAGGCCAGGUGUGCUGACAGCACUAGUUGGAGUUAGCGGUGCAGGAAAGACUACAUUGAUGGAUGUCCUGGCAGGGAGAAAAACUGGUGGUUAUAUUUCAGGGAGCAUCAGCAUUUCUGGUUAUCCUAAAAAGCAAGAGACUUUUGAUAGGAUAAGUGGUUACUGUGAACAAAAUGACAUUCACUCACCAUAUGUGACUGUCUAUGAAUCACUCGUUUACUCUGCUUGGCUCCGUCUUGAUUCAGAAAUAGACAAGAAAACACAACAGAUGUUUGUGGAGGAGGUUAUGGAGCUGGUAGAACUUGAUACACUGAGAGAUUCUUUGGUUGGCCUUCCGGGGGUUGAUGGCUUAUCAAUAGAACAAAGAAAGCGACUCACGAUUGCCGUUGAACUGGUUGCAAACCCAUCCAUCAUCUUUAUGGAUGAGCCAACGUCAGGCCUUGAUGCUAGAACUGCAGCGAUAGUUAUGCGAACAGUGAGAAAUACAGUGGAUACAGGCCGAACUGUUGUUUGCACAAUCCACCAACCAAGCAUAGAUAUUUUUGAAGCUUUUGAUGAGCUACUUCUGAUGAAGACAGGAGGUCAAAUUAUAUAUGCUGGACCCCUUGGUCGUUACUCUCACAAACUUAUAGAAUACUUUGAAGCGAUUCCAGGGAUACCCAAGAUUACUGAAGGUUAUAACCCUGCAACAUGGAUGCUGGAGAUAAGCUCUCCUUCAGUUGAGUCUAGCGUGAAUCUGGAUUUUGUUGAAGUUUAUGCUUGUUCCCCUCUUUAUCAAAAAAAUCAAGAACUUAUCAAGGAAUUGAACAUUCCUGCACCAGAUUCAAAAGAUCUAUAUUUUCCUACAAAAUAUUCCCAGAGAUUCAGUAUUCAAUGCAAAGCAUGUUUUUGGAAACAGUACUGGUCUUAUUGGAGAAACCCAGAAUACAAUGCCAUCCGGUUCUUCAUGACAAUUGUCAUAGGCCUUAUAUUCGGCUCGGUGUUUUGGCAAAAGGGUGGAAAGAUGAGCAAACAACAAGACAUUCUCGAGAUACUUGGCGCUAUAUAUGCUGCUGUUUUCUUCCUUGGGGCCACCAAUGCCAUCAUUGUGCAGCCUAUUGUGGCCGUUGAGAGGACUGUCUUUUACCGUGAAAGAGCAGCAGGGAUGUACUCAGCCCUGGCCUAUGCAUUUGCUCAAGUGAGCAUCGAGCUGAUAUACAUACCACCAAUGGGGCUUCUUUAUAGCCUGCUACUUUUCCCAAUGAUUGGCUUUAGCUGGCGCGCCGACGCCUUCCUUUGGUUCUUCUUCUUCAUCGUAAUCUGCUUUGUUUACUUUGUUCUGUACGGCAUGAUGGUCAUAGCACUCACACCCAACCACCAUAUUGCCAGUAUCCUAUCUAGUUUCUUUUACAACUUCUGGAACUUGUUCGCGGGCUUCGUGAUAGCGCGACCGCUGAUUCCUGUCUGGUGGAGGUGGUACUACUGGGGUGAUCCCGUAUCGUGGACGAUUUAUGGCAUUGUGUCAUCGCAACUGGGGACGAAGGACGACUUGGUUGCCAUUCCUGGAGCAGGUAGCCUUACGGUGAAGCAAUUCUUGAAAGACAACUUGGGUUUCCAGCACAGCUUCCUGGGUUGUGUGGCUCUCGCUCAUUUGGGUUUUGUCCUACUCUUCUUCUUGAUCUUUGGCUAUUCAAUCAAAUACCUCAACUUCCAAAAGAAAUAGCCAAUUGGCUAUUCAAUCAAAUACCUCAACUUCCAAAAGAGAUAGCCAAUUGAUCUUUGGCUAUUCAAUCAAAUACCUCAACUUCCAAAAGAGAUGGUCAAAACUUCUGCCUGUGGUACAACUUCUCCACAGACAAGAAAGAAAUGGUGUGAUCAUUCAUAAUUCUAGGUUUUCUCUUGCAACGAUUUGCGGCUAUUAUGACCA